AUGGCUGAACAUCUUUUUGACGACUUUUUCUCUGAAGAAACCCCGGUGAGACAUGAUGUGAAAUUUGUCGAAAAACUCAAAGAAUCCGCGCAUUCUGUUGUCUUCAAAGUCGAGGUCCGUGGAAGACUCUGUGUGAUGAAGGUGUAUCGUGAUAGAGGCCCCUGUGAAUUCGCUUCUCCUGACCGUGAAGUCGACCUCUUUACCAAAGAAUCGACUGCGUACCAGCGACUGAAAGAAAAGGGUCUUUGCCAGCGAGGAGUCAUCCCUGACUUCUAUGGAACAAUUACUAAAAUACAGCCCAAACUGUGGCCAACCUUGGACAAAUUUCACGAGGACGAGUUGCCGCCGAAUGCUGUUCUCAUCGAGUAUAUUCCAAACAUGCAGCAGAUGGACCUGACAACCUUUUCUACAGAGCGACUCGUCAAACUGCGGGAAAUCCUGGAUGAAUUCCAUCAGGCACGCGUUCUCCAUGGUGAUCCUAAACCCAGGAAUAUGAUGGUCUGCAGCGAUCCAGAGAGGGUCCUCUGGAUUGACUUUGAUGCCGCGCAAACGUUCCCUGAAGGACCUCUAAGCGCGAAGAGAGAGAAGUGGGUGAAGGAAGAGGUGGAAAUGAUGGAGUAUUUCAUGACAGCGUUGGCCGAGGAUUACAAGGAGGGUAAAAUCAACCGUACAUGUUCUUAUUAUUAUGAAUGGUUUGUUUAG